UAGGUCGCUUUUUUUAAGACAUUUGUGACAAAAGAUCACCUUGAUUGGAUAAUGCGUGUGUGGUGGGUCAAGCUAAAAUUACACUUAUAUACCCUUGUAAACAAAAGCUCAUAUCCCAUGUGAGACUCUCUCUAUAUCACAAACUCUAGAACACUCUCCUAUUCACUUUCUCUCUAAAAAGUUCCAAACAUACAUAUCUCUCUCUCUAUAUAUAGCUAAUCUCUCUAGUUCUAAGCAUUUAUUACUCUUUUUCAUUCUCACUUUGACUCAUCAUCAUAAAUCAUAAUCACUCUUUCACACCCAACCAACUAACCAACCCCUUUCUCCUUUCUUUCUUCUUCUUCUUAUUAUUAUUAAGAGAAGAAUUGGAGAAGAAGAAAGGGAGUAAUUGAAAAUGGGGUUGGGAAAGAAAUGGUUUUUAUGGUCACAAGUGGUGAUUGGAAUGUUAUUGGUUCAAGCAUUUGCAACUGGUAUGCAAAUUCUAUCGAGAAUCAUUCUUGUUGAAGGAACUUUUGUGUUUGCUUUGAUGACAUAUCGUCAUUUGGUUGCUGCUCUUUGUGUUGCUCCUUUGGCCUUCUAUUUCGAAAGAGUUAGUGAAGUGAACAAGUGUAAUAAGAAUGUUUGGUUUUGGCUAUUCUGCAAUGCCUUAGCAGGGAUAACAGGUGCUAUGGGAUUGUUUUAUUAUGGGCUGAGAAAUACAACAGCUACUUAUGCAACAAAUUUCCUCAAUUUAGUUCCUAUUGUCACAUUUGUUUUAUCAACUUUACUCAAAUUAGAGAGGUUGAAUCUACAUACAAAAGAAGGUAAAGUGAAAUGUAUUGGAGCAUUAAUGUGUGUAAGUGGAGCUCUUAUAACUAGUCUUUACAAAGGAAAAUCAUACUACAUUAUAAGUCAUCACCAUACUACAAAUGACUCUCAUACCAUUCCUCACACAACUCAUACCAAUUGGCCACUUGGCACUCUCAUGUUGGUUGGUAGCUGUUUCUCUUGCUCUGCAUGGUUCCUUAUACAAGUUAAGUUGAAGAGAAUAUUUCCAUAUAGAUAUUGGGCAAUUCUUUUGACAUGCCUUAUAGGAGCUGUGCAAUCAGCUAUAAUUGGUUUAUGUAUAGAUACAAGUGUAGGCUCAUGGACAUUAGGCUGGAAUCUACAACUCAUUACUAUAAUUUACUCAGGAUCACUUGCAACAGCUGCUACGUUCUGCUUAGUGACAUGGGCAAUUUCACUUAAAGGGGCCACUUAUCCGUCCAUGUUCAACCCACUCACUCUAAUUUUCGUAUCUUUAUCUGAGGCUAUCAUACUUAGUGUAUCUAUAACAACUGGAACUUUGAUUGGGAUGAUGUUGAUCAUAUUUGGAUUGUAUUCCUUUUUGUUGGGAAAUAAAAAGGAGAACAAAAGCUUAGUUCAUGAUGAGAACAACUUAGAAGGAGAAGGAGCAACAAAGAUGUUAAUAAAGAAUAAUAAUAAUAAUAAUAAUGUUACUAUUAAUCAUCACAUCAUUCCAACUGGGUUGGAGCUCACUACCAUUAAUGUUGUGCCAACUACUUCACCAAAACAAAUAAUACAACAAAAAUAAUAUUGAAAAAACAAAUUAUGUUAGAUAAAAUGUGAUCUUAAUCACU